GAUCCGUUCUUAGUUCUUCCCUCCCUCCCUUGGAUUCCUUUGCUUCAGCUGUGGGGUCAUUCUUCUUGUUCUUAUUGUCGUCGUUGCCCGUUGCUGUUAGUGGUGGUGUUGUAUCAGCUUCAGCUGGAUUAGGGCUUUUAGGUCCCCAGUUUAGCCAUGUCGAUGCUCGAUUCUUUCUUCAACAAGGGAUUUAGAGGAGCUAAAUGUAAAACCCUUCUGAAGCUGACUAUUCCACGCAUAAAGUUGUUGCGGAAUAGAAGAGAGAUUCAGAUAAAGCAGAUGCGGAAGGAAAUCGCUAAGCUCCUUGAGACUGGCCAAGAAGCCACGGCUCGCAUACGGGUAGAGCACAUUAUUCGGGAAGAGAGCAUGAUGGCUGCACAAGAGAUUGUUGAGCUAUUUUGUGAACUUGUCACCGUGCGGCUUCCCAUUAUCGAGACACAAAGGGAGUGUCCUCUAGAUCUGAAAGAAUCCAUUUCCAGCAUUUGUUUUGCUGCACCAAGAUGUGCAGACUUGCCAGAAUUGCAGCAGGUUCAAAUGUUAUUUGCUUCCAAAUAUGGAAGGGAAUUUGUCUCAGCUGCAACAGAACUCAUGCCAGACUGUGGUGUUAAUCGCCAGCUAAUUGAACUGCUAUCCAUCCGUGCCCCUCCUGCUGAAGUAAAACUGAAGUUGCUGAAGGAAAUUGCUGAGGAGCAUGAGAUAGAUUGGGAUCCAUCAGCUUCUGAAACUGAGCUCUUCAAGUCACAUGAAGAUUUGCUGAAUGGCCCAACCCAGUUUGUUAGUGGAUCUAAACUGCCUCUUCCCAAAGAGAAACAUGAUGAAUCAUGGCACUCUACCCCUGCUCAAGUUCCUGAUGAACAUUCUGAUACUGGCUUCAAUCUGUUGGAUCUUCCUGAAGUUCCUAAAGUAUCACUACGACCAAGUGCAGAUGCUGGAUUAGCCCCAGAAAUAGUUCCACGACCCUUUCCAUCCGCACCAGGUUCUGAGAUUGAUCAUGGAGUUAAGAGAUACUCUGAGUCUGACAAAAAUCACUUGAAAAGACCACAUUCAGAACCCGAUGAAGUUGCACGGGAACCCUUGGCUGCUUCCCAAGGUGAACCAGAUAAUAUUGCAUCUGUUGCUAGGGAAGACAAACAAUUCCUCCCAUUCAUUGCUCCUCCAUCAUUAUCUGCUGCCUCAUUCUCUGUACGAGAGGACAAGCCAGUCCCUUCUUUAUCAAGAACCAAAAGUGAGGGCAAUGUGGACUUGCAGGAUGUCCUGGCUGCUGCUCAGGCUGCUGCAGAAAGCGCUGAACGUGCAGCAGCUGCAGCUCGUUCAGCCGCUAGUCUUGCAGAGUUCAGAAUCGCUGAACUCAUGAAGAAAAGCAAUGACCAGGAGGACAGAGAAGUCAUUGUUCAGACAGUCGAUCUUGAUCAAUCAGCUACCAUGAAGGUGCCUCAGUUUGAACAUCAGCAGUCUUUUGGUAAUACCAAUAGUUUUUCCUCACAUCCAGAGGAACAACUUCCAGGCCACGGACCUGAUUGGGGAUCAGAGAUGGAAAAUCCCUCAUUAUAUGACACACCCAAAGAUGGAUCUGAACCACCUCUUUCUAGUGGCCAAGUUCUUGAACAUGGAACAGCUAAUCACCAGCCUCAGCGUUUGGCUUCAAUGGAGGAUGAUCCAUAUUUUUCCUAUCCCAACUUAUUUACUUCUCAGGAGUCGAACCAUGGAUCUGGUAGUUAAUUCUUCAACAAGGAACUCCCGGUCGAGACAUGAAUGUUGAGUAGCAGUGCGGGAACGUUACCAAGUCCUUGCUUGUUUUUUUAGCUUGUACAAGUUAUAUAUAUUUUAUGUAAUCGAGAGUAUACUAUAUAUCAAUGUUUGUCUUCUUCUGUAAAUAAUGCUGUUUCCAGACGCUAUGCAACCCUGGUUUUACUUCUUGUGGUAACCAGGUAUCUUUUUCUGUAUGUAAUGUAGCAAUGAGACCUGUAAUUGUGUGAAAUAAAAUUCCAGUUGAAAUAGUUACCAUACUUAA